GCGGUUUUUGUCGGUUCCCUCAGCAGCCAAUCAGAAGCCCGGGUGUCGCUGACAAGCACAGCUGAUCGAUGAGUCAGGGAGCAGCAGCCGAAACGGUCCAACUUGUUGCUGAGCAGCAGCCGCAGCAGCCGCAGCGAGGAGCAGCAGCGAUCGUCAGCUGAUCGCCGACGCCGACAUCCGACCGAUCUUCACGUCACAAGUGCCGACGUCUGUCCGUCAACACAACAGGGACGAGAACCGCGUCCGCAGCCCGAGCCGCCGCGUCACAGCAGGACCCCGCCGCCGCCGCCCGGUCCCCGGUCCUCCGGUCCCCGGUCCCCGGUCCUCCGGUCCCCGGUCCUCCGGUCCUCCGGUCCCCCGGUCCCCCGGUCCUCCGGUCCUCCGGUCCCCCGGUCCGCGGCUCUCAGGAAGUCUGGUUUGAUGUCGCCGUCAGUUCUGCAUCCAUGUCUGUGUGGACACAUCAGUCUGGUCUGUGGACUCCUCCUCCUCUUCCUCCUCCUGGCCUCCUCACCGCUGCUCGCUGCAGGCAGACUGAGCAACUGCUCCCACCCUUUGGUGGCGGAACAUGGGGGAUUCCGCUGUGAUCCGUCUCCGUGUCGAGGCUUCCCCCAGAAGAGCUCCAUCCAUUUCUUCUGCGAGCCCGGGUACCACAUCGUCAAGGCCCGUGUCUCCAGGUGUCGCCAGGGGAGGUGGCAGCCCCCGAUACCCACCUGCAUCCCCGUCAAAGAGGGUCCUAACGUGAACCCCAGCGACAGGCCGGGCGACUCGAUGCCCAGCAUGACCACGACAGCGGUGGGCGUGUCCAUCUUCCUGCUCACCACCACGGCCUGUCUGGUCAUCAAGUCCCGCCUCUUCCCUUGUCAAUCGCACAGCAGCCGUCGAUCCUCCGACCAGCUGGACCUGAUGGUGGACGGACUCCCCGUCUCUCUCCCCUCCUAUGAGGAGGCGGUGUACGGCAGCUGGGGGCAGCGCCUCCCCGCCUGCUCAGCAUCCGGACCCACCCAGCUCCUAUUGGCCCAGGAGGCUCCCGGCUGCCACCAGUCCUCUCUCAACAGCCACCUGGACGGCAGUCACCGGCCCCUGCUGUCCUCCCGAAGCCCCGACAACCCCCCACCGCCUUACGAGGACGUCCAGUCAUCUCAAGGCGGAGACGGGCUGAGUGACAGGGACGUUCCACGGCUGCACGUUGCUCUUUCGGAUGACAAGGACGCUUGAUCGACAGACCGUCGGGUUCAUGUGCGACUGAAUUUCUCUGUUUGACAGCGAACUGCUGCAGUGUUUAUUCUGCAGAUGACAGCGAAAUAGUACCGCACAAACAUGGACUGACGGCAGACUCCUGCCGCCUGCACUUUCCCUGUGUGGCUGCAGCUCGCCAGCAUCAGGACGCUCGGUCCUUUCAGACAAAGCGGAUAAGCUCUGAUUGGCCAGUUGUCAGGUCCCAAAGACCCGACUGAAGAGGACUGAAGUGCAUUUAUUAAUGAGAUGUUGAUUGUAUAGUGCUGACUGUACAGAAUGUUGUGUGACAGAGGAGGGGAGUUUAUGUGCACACGUGUCUCUGCUGUCAGGGGAAAACGUCCUCUCUCCGGAGUGAAACUGCCUCGUUUUGUAAUUUAAAGUGAAAAUGUAAUCCUUCAUUUUAGAUGAAAGAACUAAAUCAACCGGAACGUAUGACGUUUUCACUGGAUAGCAGUAAUAUAAAAGUGUAAGUGCCUGCGUGUGUGUGUUUUCAGUGUUGUUCUGGAGACGUCGUCUAUCCUCCCCGUCAGUGAUGGGGCUGAUCGAGGCGAAGUCAGUGCUGUGCUAUUACAGAAACCUAUGCGUUUCCAGGGCAACCGACUCUCUAUUCCGUCUCUAUUUGAGACUUUAGUGCAGCUUGUCAUGCACAUAUUGUUAAUUUGGUGCACAGACAUCUCGCCGACACAUGGUGACUUGGCAGAACGGCGUGUUGUGAUGUUCAUUUCUAAAAGGUAAUUUUUGUGUACAGCGGAUAUUUUGCUUGGAAACACAACCGUCUUUCAGUGUGAAGUAAAACACACAGAGACACACUCGUGUGCGCUUCUGUCAAAUGAAUCAUCCACACGGGUUUAAAAAAACAAACAGAAAAACGCAGAUGUGUGACCAAAUCCCCAAACAAACCUGAAAGUGACUUCUGCCAGUGUUCUCGCUUCCCCUCGCUGGCUCCCCGUCUGUGACUCUGUGACUCCUGCAGAGCGACUGACGCCUUCACAGACCUUGAAUGUAUUUAAUGUUGCAUUUUGUGUUUAAAAAAUAAAUCUUAAUUAUUAUAUUGAAUGUAAUAUUUACAAAAUGAUUAUUUUUCUACAAUGUAUUGUUGCACAGUAGGGUAUUAUGAAUAAAUGUUUCUUUGUUUGACA